UCCGAAAUGGAAAUGAAAAGUCGUGAGAAAAUUUGUGAAAAUUCAAAUCCUGCCAUUUUCAAUGCAGAAAUUAUGUAAAUAAAUGCAAAAAAAUCCGCAAAAUGCGUGAAAAUGUUAAGAAAGAAAACUUUGUAAUACAAAUUAUAACAAACUAAGUAAAACAUUUACCAAGAAGUAGAGCGGCAGUAAAAUUCGUCGUCCCAAAAAGGCGAUAAUGAAGAAGCUGUGAGCUGUAGAAAAUUGUAUGAAUAUUUGAGAUAAAAUAAUUUAAUGAAAAUGCAACGUAACUGAGUUAAAAAAAUAAAAGAUUUUUAUAAAAUUGAAAGAAAAUAAAUAUAUAAGAGCAAGAAAAUUCAUUUCUUCUAAAGAAAUAGCAGAAAAAAGACGGGUGCCGUUAUUGAAAAAAAGUGAAACGUCAGAACGUGUGUGAUGUGAAAAAAUCAGUGUAAAGUAAAUUUUGGCAAAACGCGCAGCAAAUGCGGUACGUUUUUUUACAGGAUUGAGUAAUUCAGUGCAAAUUUUUCCCCAAAAAUAACGCUUUGGAAACGUUUUAGCUUCAUAAGGCAAUUUAAUUAUCGGAAUUUGGUAGAAUAGCAUAACAGCCGUGCGGAGUGAGGCAAAAAAGUCGCCAGCUUAAGGCGCACACAAGAAAAAAUACGCAUCUGUCCCUGAUUUUCAGUUUUAUAUAAAGGUCAGCUGCCGCAGCAGGUUUAACAAGUGGAUUGUAAAUAAAAUUUACGCUGGAUAGCGCAAGCAAAAAAAAGGAUCAAUAAAGAUGCCAUUUACCGUGUUGUGCAAAAUUCUCCAACAACCAAUUUGCCCACUUCAGCUCGGUUGUUCCAGGAGCAGCUGUUAAGACAGCAGAACAAACAGUUCGUUGAAUACGAGGCAGUUUGUCAACGGCAAUUUUCUCAGAUAGAAUGUUUAGACCAAUCAAGAAUUUCAUUAACUAUAUACAGAAGAAUGCAAGCGGCAGUGCGAUUUUUGGCAGUACUACAACAAUAGCUGAUAGUGAAGUAGAACCCGGCGCUGAAGAGGUUGGCGUCGAAGCAACAAGAGUAAUUCGCAUACAAAGCGAGGCAACGCAAGAAAACAGUGAGCGGAGGCACACAGAAGAAAAUAGGAUUUCUCAAGUUAUUUUCGAACAAAGAAAGGACGAAGAUAUGAAGCGAAUAGAAUUGAAUAAAUUGAAUUUUGUAAAUGGUAAUAGCGCCACAGUAAAUGCGAUUAACGGUGAAGAGCUGAAUGGCCGUGCCGACUUCGAUGACGCAGAGGACGACGAUAUUGAAUUGCAAAUUAAGAGCAGUGUGAUGCUGCGUCGACCGUUAAAUCGUGUUACUUCGGUGGAAAACCUAACGGACGAAGUAGAUGGAGAUGGUGGCGAAAGUGUAGAGCUGCAAUCGCAUGACUCAUUACGCGAUCACAGCGAUGCCAUUGAUGCUGAUUCACAAGGUGAAUACGAUGAGUAUCCAGCAGAAGGCGCAGAGGCAAUUUCGCUGGUGAGUGAUGAUGGUACGGCUGGUGGUGGAGAGGAUACUGCAGAAGAGGAGGUUAUCACGGAAGAAGAAGAUGUCGAAGAGACAUUUUUGGAAUUAGCAAGCCAUCAAGAGCGACACUUUGAAGAUAGCGAAAUCAUUGUACUCGGCGACGUUGACAUAAAUUCCUCCAUUGCGUCCGAUGCGCCCUCCGAAGAUCCACUGGCCAUCGAUGACUUCACACAGCCGUCGAUUUCGGCAAUCAAGGAUACUUCGAAUCCAUUGGAUUCCUCAACGAACGAUGAGGCAUCCACAAGCGCCGAUUUAUUAUGGAGUAAUAUCGACAAUUUAAAGACAAACAUUAUAACGCCAAAUGCAGAAAAAGACUUACCAAUCAGGACGAAUUUAGAUACGUCCACAAGCAUACUGCGGAUACAUCUCACUACUUCUCCUACUACGGACAAGGAGAAGCGUAAUAGUGCGGUCGCUAGCAGCGAUAGCGGCAGCAAUAACGCAACAAUCCUAAGCACUCAACGUGAUGAGAACGCGGAAGAGAUACGCAGCGAUGGUUCCGACUCGGGACUGGGCAGUGAGACAUCCACGUUGCAGACGACGCUCACCAGCCUGGCAGACACCAGCCAGUUGGCGGCACCCAGCGAUAGCAGCGCCGUAAGUGCACCUACUGCCAGCAAAUCCGUAGAUACCCCGAGCAAUUAUUGCUCCAUAAAUAGCAGCGAGUCGAAUGUGACAUUGGCAGACAGCGUAGCGGCUACUUCCACUGCGAUUGUGCCCGUUGUUGCUACUGCCGCCGCCAUGACGCCACUAACAGUAGUUUCGAAACCGGUACGUUCGAAUUUGAAGCGUCGCCUCGAGGAGGAUGAUACGCUUGGCGAUUCGUCACAACAAACGCAGCUAUCCACCACCGGCGGCACACAAGUGAAAAAACUUAAACGUUCCAUCAAUUUUGAAAACGUGCAAGUUUACUACUUUCCACGACAGCAAGGUUUCGGUUGUGUACCCUCGGCGGGCGGUUGUACGCUGGGCAUGGGCGCGCGCCACAUUGGCUUCAAAACGCUUACGCUGGCGGAACAUGCCGCUGAGUUGCGGCGUGCUCAUCGUCUACAAUUGCAGGAAAUCAAUCCACGUGGUUCGUCGAGUGAUGAUAGUGAGGAAUCCGAAGAGGAUUACCUAAGCGAGGGCAGUAGCUCCGAUUUGGAUGCUGAAUCGAAUGGCUUUCUGCAGCCGGUGUCACCGAAGCAACGGCGUGCACUGCUGAAAGCAGCUGGUGUGCGCAAGAUCGACGCAGCCGAGAAGAUUGAAUGCCGCGACAUACGAAACUCACGUGAGGUGUGCGGCUGUGCGUGUGUGGAGUUCUGUGAUCCAGAGUCGUGUGCCUGCAGUCAAGCGGGCAUCAAAUGUCAAGUCGAUCGCGCCAUGUUUCCAUGCGGUUGUACGCGCGAUGCCUGUGGCAACACAGUGGGACGCGUUGAAUUUAAUCCCACACGUGUGCGCACCCACUUCAUACACACAAUCAUGCGCCUGGAAAUGGAGAACCGUCAACAGCAGAAUCCGUCUCUCUGUGGUACUGUGAGCAGCUACAGCUUAUCCGCUGCCUGUGCCACAACUGCUACCGCUGUCGGUCCACACACAAACGCCCUACCAUCGACGCCAUCAUACGCCACCGCACUACCCAACAGCUACUAUGCCAUGCAGACACAAUCAAAUUAUAGCUCUGGUUACGCUUCUCCCGCAUACCCAAGCGAACCGGCAGCCAAUUAUUAUCAACAACAAAGUAGCAGCACCACUCAUUACAGCGCCGUAAGCACAACCGAGUUGCAAGCGACAACACAGCAAAAUUAUCAAUUAGACUCGUUAGAUGCGGGUGUAUAUGCGGGCUCAGCUACUGCCGCACCCGUGUACGGCGAAAUGCUGCCAUCCUACAGUAGCGCGGUCGGAGUCUCCGCGAGCACUGCCACUGUGAGUGCAUAUCACCAGAAUUUGAACUAUGCGACUGUUCAACAAACACAGGUCUCAACCUACACAGCCUAUCAGCAGACAUCAAGCGCUGGUUAUCUACCACAACACAACCAGCAAAGCGCCACAGUGGCAGGCAUAUCCACACAGCCAACGCUGCCACCACCAACCACCUACAGCUCAUGCGCCGUACCAUCGCUGCCACCAUACGGCACCGCCACAACCACCGCAGCCGCAUCACAGUACCAAAACGCCAACAGCUAUGCGCUUGUCGACACCACAGCGCCCAGCUGCAUUAGCAUUGACGACAGCGGCGGCUGUGAGGAAGGUAGCGUUGAAGCAGGUGGCGCUACCCGAGAUGGCAAUGGCAGCGCCACCACCACCUCCAACGACAACAGCAGCAGCUGUGCCGAUAACACCACAAUCAAAACCACUUCCUGUACCAACAGAGGCAACGCUGCACUCAACAGCAAUGACAGCGACGGCGGCAGCGACAAUGGCAGUGGCAGUGGUAGUGGCACCAGCUUCAUACAGCUUAGUACACCCAUUUCCAGUGCAACACGGCUCUCACAAAUCAAUGAUCUGCUACAGCAUAAUCGCCAUACAACCGCCACGCUUGUGGCUGUCUCGCAUACGGCUUGUUUGAGCGUAAGUGGCAGCACCAGUACGCUUAUUAGCAAGCGCAGCGUGACUACCGAUUGUGAUUACAACAACACGUGCAGCGUGGAUGUAGAAGAAGAUGCAGCAGUGGAUGAGGAGGAGAAGGAUGACGGCGAGGUCAUAGCAGAAGAGAUAGACGGCGAACAAAUACCUAUCACAGAGCCACAGCAAUCGGUAGCGUCUAAGUUAGGCACAACCAAUGAAGAUGAAAAUGUGAAGGCAGCAUUCAAAGUUGUAGCAACGGCAAAAAUCGAGCCGCCACCUGUGGCAAGCACAAUUGGUGAUGCUAAUGAGGAUACUGUCACGCAUCAAAAUGAUGCGGGUAUCACUGAUAACACUGCAACUACAACUACAAGUGAUGCCGCGAAAGCCACACUCAGUAGUGGUGAUAGCAUUGCAGAUAACGGCACCAAAGCUACCGCUGCCGCCACCGCCACCUCCGCUGCAGCCACAACUACUGCCACUGUCACUGCAAUUGCGGCCACAAGCGCAGUGAAUAUGAUUAGCAAUUAAAGUGCGGGGAAGGGGGUCUUAUUUAACAAACAUGCACACUGCACUCCCCUUCACACGCCCGCCACAUACAUGCAUACACAUCAUAGGCAUACAUUCACACAUGCACAGGCGCUGCGCCACGCCACGCUUUCUACACUGUUAGCAAUUUCUAAGAGAAGACUUGAUUUUUAUUAGCCCAUAGAAGUAAUAAGCGUUAAACUGAAAAAGAAGAAAAAAGAAAAGAAAAAAAAUACGAAGACUAAAACGAAACAGAAGAAAUAUUAAGCGGAAUUUUGUUAGUGAAUUCCCGUAUAAUUAAUUUAAAAUAAACUAAACGUAUUUGAAGAACGAAUCAAAAAUAUUAUAUGUAUAAGCUGACUAGCAGCCGAAAUGAAUGAAUGAAUUUUUUGUAGCAAGAAACAGCAGCUCGCUCUAAUAUGUAAUGUUAAUUUUUUUCGGCUUUGUUGCAAACUUUCCACAAAAACAUAUGUAUAGAAUUUGUAUAAAAAACCCACACACACUACGGAAAAUUGCAACAAAUGAAUUAACGGUUUUUUAAUAUAUAUAUAUUAUAGUGUUAAUCAAUGUAUCAUACAUUACAAGUUAAUAUUCCUUUUAAACUAUGCCUAAAUAUAAAGCAACUGCAUAUUUGUAUGUGUAUGUUCAAACAAAA